GCAGAGAAAUCAUGGGGAAGCAUUUAAGAAAGAAGAUCACCUGGGCGAUUAAGAAUUUCUCCUCUUUGCGAUGUGAGAAACUUUAUUCUGAUCCAUUUGUAGCCGGUGGAUGCAACUGGCGCCUUUGUGCCUUUCCCAAGGGUAAUAACGUUGGCUACCUGUUUCUGUUUCUUGAAGUCUCCGAUUACAAAUCUUUGCCAUCUGGAUGGAGAAGACAGGCACGAUAUCUCUUAAACAUAGUAAACCAAAGUUCCGCAAAACGUUUUAGACAAACUGGUGAUGAUGCAGAAAAGUGGUUUGAUGAGACGUCUCCACGUUGGGGUCGUCUCUCUAUGCUUUCCCUUAAUGAAAUUCAUGCCAAAGAGAGUGGGUUCCUGGUAAACGGAGCACUCAAAAUUGUUGCCGAGAUAGAAGUUCUUGAAGUGAUCGGCAAGUUAGAUGUAGCAGAGGAAACUUCAACAAUGACAGAAACCAUAAAUGUUAAUGGCUUUCAACUUCUUCCUUCACAGGUAGAAUUUGUGAGCCAUUUGUUUGAAAAACACCCAGAGAUUGCAUCUGAGUUCCAUACAGAGAACCCAAAUCUUAGGACAGGUUACAUGAGCUUGCUACUUAGCCUCAUUGACACUCUGCGCCAGUCGCCUCGCGACCUCUCCAAGACUGAUCUGACCAAGGCAUAUGCCGCACUGGGAUCCCUGACUAGCGCUGGAUUUAAGUUGGAUUGGCUGGAGAAGAAACUUGAUGAGAUGUGAAAGAAGGAGAAAGAGGAGGCUGGUGAGUCUCAAAUGCGAGAAAUUGAGGAAGAGUUGAAGGAUUUGAAGCAAAAGUGCUCAGACCUGGAAGUUAAGUUGCAGAAACAAAAAUCAGUGGUGUCAGCUGCACAAGCUCCUAUCUCUUUCGAUGAUGUUAUUUAAUGUUCUCGAGUUCUUAAGCAUUUAGAGUUUUUGUUUGGUGUUCUGGUGCCUCUUCGUCUGCAACCUUGGUUUUGUGAUGUUGUGUGGAUAAAGAAGUCAUGUUUCUUGACAUCUGCAGCGUUGUAUCUCAUGGUUUUUGUGAACAAACGGUUAAAUCUAGGUUGC